AUGGGGUCCCAGAUGCGAGCCAUGUCCCGGCACCACCACCCGGGGCCUGUUUUCGGCCAGUUCUCUCCGGAGAUGGUGGAGGAGACGUUGAUGCAGCUGGCCAUGGAGAAUGAGCAACACCUGAGCGAGCUGUCGGAUCAGGCUGGGUCCUUCAAAGAGACGCAGAUAGUGGAAUUCAUAUUCUUGUUGGCUGAGAAGUGGCACCUGGACCAGCCAGCGAGGUACCGAGCAGUGGAGCUGCUUGAAAGGUUUAUGAUCAAGCAAGUAGAACAAAUCUGUGAGUCCUCCAGAGACAAUGUCAGAAGCCACGAACAAGGAGAAGGGAGCAGCUGGAGCUCUCUGAAGGAUCAGAUCUGCGACACCUUUGUGCUGCGACUGGUGUCAUGCGUUCAGCUCGCGAGCAAACUCUCCUUGCACUAUAAUAUAGUUAACAGUGACACAGCUUUACAAUUUCUGCAGUCCUUAAAGUACUCCUACACGAAGCAGGAGCUGCUGGAGUCAGAGCUGGCUGUUCUGAAAACUCUGCACUUCCAGAUCAAUGUGUCCACACCCUUGGCUUAUGUGGAAUUGCUUCUGGAGGUCUUAGGAUAUAAUGGGUGCCUGCUUCCAGUGAAGCCAUUGCAUCAGAUGUGUGUGCAGCUGCUGGACUUCUCCUAUCUCACCAGGGAGCUCAUCUACAACACCCUGCUGGAGAUUGCCGUCGAAAAUUCAACACCAAGCCAGCUGCAGGUGGCAAAGUUCCUGGCAGUAAAGGAGGAUUCCAUGCUGCUGGCUGUGGGGAUCAUCAGCACCAGCAUGUUCAUCCUGGAGCCCAGGCACUGGGCACAGGUUGUAGAGCACUUGAGCUCUGUCACUGGCAUUACUUCACAAAGCAUCUCAGAGUUCUCCUAUGCAGUGCUGAAGCACAUUGUGGGCAGCCCCACUCCACAGCAGCACUUCUAG